CUUGAAACACAUGAGUUAUCCGUUGGGCACGCUUUAGCUCGGCAGCUCGAUGGAUGCCCUGUCGGCUCGCACUCGCACUCGCACUCGCACUCCUCGCGGCUCCGGCGGCAGAGGAGUGCUCCUGUUGUCCAUCGUGCGCUCGCCCGUGCUGCGCAUCUCGAGCGCUGGAAGCUGCCGGCUCCGUUCGCGCCCUGCGAGCGCCUGGCUGCCAGCUGCAGCCGGACUUUGACCCUGCCGUUCGUUUCUAUGUGGUGGACUGCCCUGAGCAGGCAGCCACUGUUCAUCUAGAAGCAGAGAGUAUUUUUCCGCUUCUGGGUGGUGAAGGCGAGGUGUUGUCGGGUCCGAUGGCCGUGUCGUUGGGUCCGGGCGACACAAAAGUGAUAACCAUCAAAGCCUGCGCAGAUGUAUCUGGGACUGGGUGCUCGGAGUACCGCCUGGACGUGCACCGCCGGGGCUCCUCUGAGGCGCUGCUCGCAGAGCUCCGGAUCACAGACCCCGGAGGAGGAUCCGAUGUGCCGCUGGUGCCCACGUUUCAUCCAUCAGUGAGGCUUUAUCGUGCUGCUGUGCCCUUCCAAAGCGCAUCCGCAAAGGUCGUGGCAGCUGCUGCUAAGGGAGGCUUUGUUUCGUACACUUCCUUCUCUGCCGCUGAUCACCACAGCCAGUCUCUGGAUGUUCACGCUCCAGCCGGCCUUGCUGGCACGAGCAGGUUCAAGUCGACAAAGGUGCAGAUCUUCGUUGUGUCUGCAGACUGGACUGGCAAGAUGCAAUACUCUAUUGAGUUCAGCCGCGCAGCAAACACUGACACCUCCCUGGCUGCUGUGGCUUCGAAUGUGGGAGCGCCAUACACCGUAGAGCCCGACAGCUAUGUUUUGGAAGUCCCUGUCGGGACGCGGGAGGUGGCGAUCAGCGCCACGGCAUCCGACAAGGCCGCCAGGCUGGCCUUGGCCGGGAACCGUGGCCGUGGCUAUGCCUCGGCCGUACUCCAGGUGGAUCCGCGCGCCCCGUACUUGACGAUUCCCAUCGCAGUAGAAGCAGCAGACCGCGUUACGCGGAGGAAUUCCACGCUGGUCGUUGCCAUGACAGGCCACGAGUCCUGGGCCAUGCUGACUGACCUGGUAGUUCCCCAUUGUGAGGGUGGCCUCAUCCCAUCGUUCCAGAUCAACGUGUUUCACUAUCGGUGCCUCCUGGGCAAUGACGUCGAAGAUUUGCAGGUCAUCCCCCAAGUCAUGUGGAUGCCCGGCUUCAACCAGCAGAUGCAUGUUCACGUGCAGGGCAAGCCCUGGAAGAGCGGCCAUGUCUUCAUGCAGCAACUCAGUGACAAUGGCGAUGCAGAGGUUGACGUGGUUGUGCAGGCCUCUGACAGAGAGCACAAGGCUACCUACCAUAUCUCAGCUCAAGGCUCUGCGCUUUCUGAGCGUGGACGACUGUUCACGACCUUGGAGCCGUCUCCCCGCCAGCCGCCCACCACGAGGUGGGUGGAGCCCACAAAACUACCGGCGCCGGUGCCGGAGCCGGCUCCAGUGCCAGUUCCAGUGCCGGAGCCGGUCCCAGUGCCGACGCCCAGGCCCUCUGCACCGAGUGCCGCCCGCACGCGCAGGCCGUUUCUGCCCAAAUUCCACUUGCAGCUACCGGAAGGCUCCCUGCCAUCCUUGGAAGAAUGCGCAAGUUGGGCCGGAGUCUCGGCAGCUGCUCUCUCCAUGGCAGCCUUGCUCUGGCAGCACGACUUGUUGUCUUUCAUGGUUUUGCUGAAGGAGCUCCAAUUUGUGGCUCUCACCGCUGAUCUUGGCGACUCUUGGUAUGCGUUGAUUGCUCAGCCCUUCAAGAUGUUCAAUCUGCAGGUGAGCUGGCCUGGUCUUGUUUGUCAAGGAGACUGUGAAUGGCCUCAAUCGCAGAUGCAGGCAGCCACGCUGAUUACUUUGGCGUGCUUUGUUCUGCCACCGCUGCUGCUACUUUUGCUACUGGGCUGGCUGGAGGCAAGCGUGGAGGAGGCUUCUGUGCGCCGCGGCCUUGCCAGCGGCCUCGGUGUGCGGGGCCUGCGGCUCAAGGUGCUGCCCCUGGUCUUGGUGACGCUGGACGUGGGCCUCCUUGGAUUCACGGAUGCUGCUGCCAGAGUGCUUGCGAGCGGGCAGAAGGUGUAUGUGAAUCACUGGGACCUGAAUCCGAUGCUGAAAUGUCUCCUGGUGGUGUACUCCUUUGGGUUCUGUGGCUUUGGUGUGGCACAGCUCGCUCGCCUCGAGAAGCUUCUGGUCUGGAGUGAGCCGUUGGGCUGCUUCGUGGACGUCAAGUGUUUGGGAGUGACCCUGCGGGAGUCCUCCUACCCACGCCCUGCUGCGUCUGCGUGGGCGGCCGUGGCGGAGGCCUGCGACGGCCUUACGGAGCUGCGCCUCGCCGUGCCGAUCUGUGGACCAGAUGGACAGACCAUUCAUCUAGGAGAGCCUCGUUCCAACUCCAGGAGUUGCUUUGUUGCGCAGAAGCGGUCUGUGGAUCCUCGCCUUUUGGAAGAAGGCCCUUCCCGGAAGCUCUUGGCGGAAGGUCAUGCUGCACAAACAGCUUGGCAACUGCAGCGGGAACACUUGGGACUCCUGAUGUGGAUGGAGAGGCGAUCAAACGCCUACGACUCACUGAAAGUGCAGAUCAACGAGGCCACUGGCCAUGGUGCCAUCACGGAUUCUCAGGGCUGGCCAAUUUACGACUGCCAAGGCUUGCCUCUGAGGGACCUUUACCAGUACUGCGUGUACUUGUUUCCGUGGAGACCGUGGCUGCGAGCUGAUGGAAGCCCAUGCUGUCCACAGGGUGUGGAGCCUUACCGAAAGGGCCUUGGCGUACUAGCGCCUUGGGUGCCGGCUCAGGGAGGCAUGCAGGACCUGGAGCGGCAGCAGAUUAAUGACUGGCUCUCUGAUUGGCUGGUGGAGGCAGAGGCGGCUUCUGCAGCUCGCGAGGAGCUGCGCCAGCUCCGGUGGUAUUCGCAGGAGUUGCAGCCCGCCGUGCUGCGAGAGAUGGCUCUGGCAGUAUUGGAAAGACGGAGCUUCCGCGCCCCUUCGGGGACGCCCCGGGAGGCGCAGCGCGCGCAGGCGCGGCUGGACGAGCUGCCACCCGGACCUUGGCAGGUCGAUGGCCUUGGCUCCCACGAGAUCUUGGCCUUUGUCAACGAAGAUCUUCUUGACUCAGACGACAUGCCCUUCUACGAUGAGGAGCUGGUGCCUGAUUUCAUGGAUGCGACCUUCGGAGUCAUCCGUUUUCACGUUCGAAGUCCUGGAGAGAACCCGAAUCCUGACGCGGAACCUGAAGCUCCUACCAAACGAACACUCCGUGCGCCGGGCGACAGCCUUUCUCCUCGUCGACCUCCACCAGCUCGUGUUACACACCAUGUGCGGCUCCAUGAGGUGAGAAACACCUUGGUGACUCUCCACUUGCCCCUCAAGCAUUUGGAGACCAUGGCGCGGUGGCUGCCGGCCUUUGGCUUCGCCGUGGCUUGCGAGCGCCUGGCGCUGCCGGUGGCGGAGCGCUGGGCGCCGCUCUUCUUCAGCUCCGCCACUUGCGCCGUCUGCCGCCACCGGCCCAGCGCCCAGGCGGCAGCGGCCGCGGCUCCCCCAGGUUUCCUUUACUUGGACGCUGUGGAGCGAGUGCUGGCGCUGGUGACGGUUUGGGCGCUCCAUGGCAUGGGCCAGGACUUCGGGUUCGCAGUGCUAAUCCUUCCGCUGGGGACGGCAAUGCUUCGGGGGAUCUGCGGCCUCGGCUUAGACCGCGGCUUUUCCCUGGCUCUGGGUUUGGCCCUGGCGCUGCGCAGCUUCCGUCUCUGCUGCGGCCUCCUGCUGGUGACCGGCGCGCUCCGCGGUCUGGCCGUCAUGCGGCUGCUCAGACCCGGGCUCUUUGGGCUCUUUGGGCUUCGUGGCUGGGGCCUGCUCUGGAGGUCUGAGUGGAAGAAGGAGUGCAGCCUUGCCGUCUUGAACACCCGGACGGAGUCACACGAGCCCUACCCGGAUUUCGGAGUCUUCCAAGCUGUGGACAGGUCUGCCAGCGGAGAUGCGCUGCCUAUGCUUCUGGUGGUUCACAUGUUGGGCUUGCAGAUCCGAGCUGUGCAAAGCCCAGAGCACGGCGGCUGGGGUUUUGAAGGUCCCAGCACCAACGAGCGGCGAGUUGCAGGCAUUCGCAAGCGUUUGGUGCUCUUUGAGCCGUGCCCUCCAGGCCUCACUGAACAUGCCACAGACUCACACAGAUCUUCUGUGCGUUCUGCGGAGAGAUACAGACGCGAAGUGCAAGAUGCCAUUCCGUCAGUGGUCAGCCGCACCCAGUUGGUGGGCGCUGAAGAAUUGCCACAGCUGGUCGCCACAAUCCAUGUGGUGAAUCACCUUGGUCGCCCUUGGUCUUGCCAGCGGAACGAUUCCUUCCUGUCACUUUACAUGCCAUGGGGCCUGGAUUCCAGACAGCCGGCUCUGACCAGCUUGCCAGGAGAGCAAGAUCGGGAUUGGAAAAAGUGGCGCAACCUGACCACCGAGAGCCCUGAGCUGGUUGAAGCAUGGCGAUCUCGGAUCCUCAGAUGGCUGGAUGAAGAGCUGGCAGCAGGCAUGGUGGAGCAUGGAAUCUUGGACCUCAUGUUUUUUGCAGGAAAUCCUGGUAGGGGCCCUUUCAAGGAAGAGCUGGACAAGUUAGUGGCACCUGGGAUUUUUUCCGAUGAGUGCCUUGGUCAGGCGCGUUUCUGUAACUCGCGGUGCCACCGAGAGGGGCGCGUGUUGCACUACGUCAUCUCGUCAAGGGAUCUAAAGCCCAGCCGCGCAUGGCGCCCCGACCCCCUGGGUUCUCAUCAAGCAAGCCUUUUCACAGCUUCCGACUCUCAGGAAAGCCUGGCCUCGGGAAACUCUCAGAUGUCUCAGGCAAAUCUCUGGAAGCCGUGCCUCUUGCGCCUGAAUUCGCGGCAGGUCACUUACGUCCUCCGUGAGGAUGACGAUUGUAAGGAAAUGCGAGUUCCUUUUGUCUGCAUGGAUCGAAUGGAGGUGUCCAGAGGUUUGCACGAGGACGAAUGCCUGCUGACUCUGCACGGCCUCUACGGCACUCCGCAGUCCAGCGCCACUGCUUCGCCACGCGACGCGCCGCACGCGCCGCACGUGAGCCAUCACCAAGAUCUCGAUCCAAGCCGAGAUCUCCGAGAUCUCCGACCCCUGGCGAUGACCCCCCCACCCGCGUCAAGCCCGAGAAGCCCACGAAGUAAAGCACGUAAAGCAAUGCCUUUGGUCUUUCGAAUCAGUCGGAGGGAUGGUGAGGUGUGGGCUAAGGUCAUUGAGGAGCACGGCAUGUUUACGCCCCCUUUCCACAUUUUGCACUACAUCGGCGAUGUGGCGGACCACCCGCUGCUCCCUGGCGUCGUGUUCCGCCACACGAACUUCACGAACAAUCCGACGGACGGCGAUCAGCUCUGGCCGGACGGCACGCGAUACAUCGGGACUUGGCAAAACCACACCUACCACGGCCACGGCCAAUUGAUCGAUCCUGACGGGCAGAUCAUCUACAGAGGCCAGUGGUCUCGGGGCAUGAAGCACGGUGAGGGCACCUACCGUUUUGUCCAAGAACCAUCGGGCUCACGAGCCUACACUGGGCAUUUUCACCGAGAGGAGUUCUCGGGUCGCGGAAUCCUUUGGGUCGAGGAGGACGGCAGCUUGGAGUGGGUGCAGAAGAACCGCCCUGGGGCGAUUGUCAGAUUCGAUGGCAACUUCUGCGGGGGCACCGGUCAGAUUGAGCCACAAGAUCUCAUCACCAUCGAUCAGCGCACGACCUGCGAAGAGCACUUCCCGUUGCAAACCGGAGGGCCGCAGGGCCCAGGCAAAGCGCCCAAGGAUCAUGCGGUGGAGAUCUAUGGCCUUGAUGGAGCGGAUUUGCAGCACUGUGGACCGGAUGAAGAUGCGGAGGAUGUGCGUGGGAGACGGGCUAUGUGGGAUGUGGGUGGGAUGCGCACGAGAAGCGCGGACGCGCGGAGUCGACUCCAGAUUUGGUACGCGGAUGGGACACGGUACCGCGGGCCUUGUCUUGCAGGGGCCGUGCCGCAUGGCAACGGCGUCCUGUGGGAAGUGGAGGCCGGGCUUUGCUUCGAGGGUGGCUUCGAUCACGGUCUCCGCCUUCCCACGGGCAGAGUAAGCCUGCGCAAUGGCGUCGUCUAUGAGGGCGAGUUCUCGCAGAAAGGCGGUCGGCGUCAUGGCUAUGGCCGGACGGACAUCCCCGACAGCCUGCAGCAGCGCUUAGGCUUCCAAGUGCAUGAGGGCCAUUACCGCGACGGAUUGCGUCACGGCCACGGAGAGAUGCUCUUCGCGGACGGAACGCUUUACAGGGGAAAUUUCGAGAACAACCGGCGACAUGGCCAUGGUCACUACAGGAACACCAACGGCACUCCCAUCUUCACCGGGCCGUGGCACAACGAUGAGCCGGGCACCGGAAAUGCCGAUGUACUGUAUCCUUCAGGACAUCGCUACAAGGGCCAAGUUUGUGACGGCUGUCGUGAUGGCAAAGGAUCGCUAUGGCAUGAGAAUUUCGAUGGUGAUUCUGCCUUCAUCUACUCUGGCCAGUGGGAGGCAGAUGAAAUGCACGGCAAGGGAGAGCUACAUUGCAGCGAUGGAAUCUACCGUGGACAGUUUGUGAACGGUGUCCGCGAGGGCAAGGGUCGUUUCGAGUAUGCAAGCGACGGCUUCAGUUGCUACGAAGGGCAUUGGGAAGAGGACCAGCCCCACGGUGUUGGCAACUUUGUAGAUCAGCAUGGAGAGUACACCGACAAGGAGUUCUUCGAGGGCGAGAUGAUGGGCCGCUUCGCCAGCAGGUCCCGCAGCCUCUUCAAAGUGAAGCCCUCGACAAAGCCGAGCACGAAAGUGUCUCCAGGACCUCACAAAGAUCUGCCUCACGCCGGCAUGGUUUGCCAGAAUGCUGGUCUCCUGCCUCAAGAGGAGCCAUCCUUCACCCGGGCCAUCGACGUGGGCAGUGGCCUGGCGAACGCCCGCACACACCCUGCCCACCGACCCUCCGUGGGUCUGCGAUGGGCUUGACGGUGAGCUUCCCCUCCAAAGUGAGAGGUAUGCGGCAAAGUUAUUCAGUGAAAUUGCCGCUUGCAAAUGCAAGCGCAGAAAGGGGCGGGCCAGGGGCGAAGC